AUGGAAAGUCAGGAAAAAACACUCGAGACACCUCAGCCUGAGCGCUCUGAAAGCGAACUCGGCGGGGUGGGCCCAAUCACGCCUGUAAUUGACUGGACGGAAGAAGAGGAAAAGCGACUUGUGAGAAAGGUUGACUUUCUCGUUAUGCCGGCGCUGAUCCUCGGUUUCGCCGCCCUUCAACUUGACAGAGGAAACAUUGGCUUCGCUCUUACGGAUUUUUUCUUCGGAGAUGUGGGCAUCACUCAAGAUCAAUUCAACAUCGGACAGCAACUACUCUCCGCAGGUAUUGUGCUACUCGAAGUCCCCAGCAAUCUGAUCCUCUACCGCUUGGGACCUCGAAUCUGGGUGACCGGGUUGAUAAUUUCCUGGGGUCUUGUGUCUACAUUCCAAGCCUUCCAGAAGGGUUUGGCAUCAUACCUCGCUACCAGACUUCUCUUGGGACUGACUGUGGGAGGAUAUAUCCCAGCCGGACUGUACUGCAUUAAUUUGUGGUACAAACAGUCCGAGACCAGCCUUCGUUUCUCCUUAUUCUUCAUGGGAAACUCGUUCUCUCAGGCUGCUAGUGGACUUAUAUCCUUCGGAGUUCUGCAUAUGCGCGGAGUCGCUGGUCUGGCUGGAUGGCAGUGGUUGUUUAUUUUCGACGGCAUCUUCACCAUUCUAGUUGGCAUUGCAUUUGCAGCUAUCUUCCCGGGAGCACCGAGCGAGGGUGUCAGCCUCCUUGGCAUCAAGUAUUUCACCGAGCGAGAGAGGACGAUUCUGCAUCAGCGCAUUCUGCUAGAUGAUCCCACGAAGGAGAAGCGCCGCAAGAACGUCAGUCCACGGGAGAUGCUAGAUGCAGUCGCCAAUUGGAGGAUCUAUCCACAUCUUGUCAUGGCACUCCUCGGUCUUGCACCCGGAAACGCUCUCGGAUCCUACUCUCCUACUAUUGUCAACAGCUAUGGAUUUGGAAGGCUUGAGUCCAAUGCAUUCGCUUCAAUUGGCAGAUGGGUGCAGUUGCUGCUCAACCCUAUCUGGGGAUACAUGGCCGAUCGAACCGGGCGCCGCGGAUACGUUGUUUUGGCUGGCUUGACCCUCUGGUGGACAUUCACACUCACCAGUCGCCUUCUCAUCUUUUCGAACGACAGGGACGCUAAAUUUGGUGUCCUGAGUGUCGCUCUUGCCGUCGUGGCUAUUUGGCACCCUAUUAACGGCUCCUGGCUGUCACUCAACUGCCGGUCAGCGGGAGAACGUAAUGUCACCAUGGCUCUGUAUAUUAUGUCCAGCAACCUCGCCGGCAUUAUUGGUGGGCAAAUCUUUCGAGAAAAGGACAGUCCAGUUUACCUCGCCGGGUGGACUGUUUCAGUGAGUUUAAUCUCAGUUGCAGUAAUUUGCUGCUUAAUUGCAAUGGCACAGUACAAGAUUUUGAAUAUGCGUAUCAAGAGGAAUUCGAAACUGGUAGAUGGAGCUGGACCAGCAUACAUACUGGAAGCAGGUGAACAGAGAGACAUCAAACGAGUCAGAUUAUAUCAAGGUUAA